ACCAGUGCAAUGGAUAAUGAUGGAUCGAGGAUCAAGCAGACACAGGCAGCUGCCUGGGGCAACAGCGCUGAGCAGUACGCUGCCGAUGUACACGAGGGCGCCGGAAUCAUGAUGCCAUUGAUAGCAGCCUACGUUGAGACGGCCAAGGAGGAGGUGAAAGGAAACCCACAGAUCCUUGACGUCGCCAGCGGAACGGGGGAGCCCGGCAUCUCACUGGCCAAGCUAUUUCCCGGCGGUACUGUGACUAUAACUGAUAUCGCUGAGGGCAUGAUCGCGGGAGCCAAGGGGCGUGCGGAUCGCCUUUCGUUGAAGAACGCCAGGUUUGCUGUGGCAGAUGGAGAGAAUUUGAGUCAAUUUGGAGAUGCAACCUUCGACGUAGUGACCUGCAACGCCGGCUUGAUGUUCAUGCCAAACUACGAGAGGGCGCUAGCUGAAUUCAGGCGAGUGUUGAAACCAGAUGGGCUGGCAAUGGUAUCUGCGUGGGGCGAAGAGGAGCAGACAAAUGUUGCCUCUCUGAUGCUGGCAGUACAGAGGGCAGUCGCCCCAAAUGACAGCUUAUUUGCAGAUCCCAACAUUCUGGGCAGCCGAGAGAAGCUGCUGCAUUCCCUGGAGCGCGCCGGCUUCAGCAACAACUCCUGCAGGGAAGUCAAUGUGCCCAUGCGCUUCCCAAAGGAGAAAGUCCGGGGGAUGCUGCAAAAUCCUGUCAUAGCAGAGCUGCUGGAUCGGCUUAUAGAGCGGGGAGAGAAAGAUGUGGCUGAUAGCGCACAUGGUGCUUUGUUGGAUGCUGCUGCCAAGAAAGGCCUGCUGCAAGAAAAUGGGGAAAUCAGUUGUCCCACCAACAUUGCCCUCUUUGUCACUGCGCGCCCCUGAUGUCAUCGACAGGUUGCAUACCAGGGGGUAUGGAAGGCUACUGUAUGCUUUCAGUCACAAUGUAUUAGAGGAUUGUAGGGUAUAGUACCCCUGUAGAAAUCAACAUAUGCUAUUGAACGUUAACCACGAUCCUCCUGUGAUUGCUGUAGUGGGUAUACCCUAGUAAGCCUGGAAUCUUGUAGGGGUUUUUUCAUGUAUGUAUGGAACGCGUGCCCGCAGUUGAUUGGGUCUUGCUGGGAUCUGGCAAGUCCAACAAGGGGUAGGAUUGUGGCAGCCAUAAACUGCAGCUUUUCUGCAGGACGCACCUUGCCUCUUCAAGACUUGGCAGGAUAACAGAACUAAUGG